AUCCAUAAAGAGCAUUGAAGUUAGUGACAUCUACGACAAUAUCUUCCUUUGUAUCUCCAACAAAUGAUCAUCAAUAAAUUGUGAAUAAUCAAUGUAUUGCCCAGCCUGUCUAAUUGCAGUGAUGUAAUGGUCUUUAAAUAAUUCAUAUGUAGAGAAAAGUAAAACAGACUGAGCUGUGGAGGAGAAGAAAAUCAAUGAGGCCUAGAGAGCACACAUGAAAAAGAAAGAGGUUUAAAAGGAGAGAGAGAGAGAGAGGCAAAGACAGAGGAGUGGAGAGAAUGAGGAGAGACAGGCGGUCAGGCAGAUGGAUGGGAACCCCACCCAGGCCAGCUUCCUCUCUGCCCGCUCAGACCAGUGAUAAGCAGCUGAGGAGGAAGUCAAGUAUUAUUUCAUCAGAACAUGGGAGGCAGGAUGAUCGUUUCUUUUUGCUGAGAAGGAAUCUGUCGAUCUCAGUCUAAUGAAGAUACUGUAGCAAAGCCACAAACGGUCUCCAUCUGAUGACCUCACAGCCACCUGACGGGCCAAAAUAACCAGCCCCUUGCAACAUCUUAGUCUGUGUAGGGGGAUUUUACUGUAUUUCUUGCCAGAACUGUGUGUAUCUGGCUAAGAAAUGUAGUUUGCCACCCAGAUUGGCUCAAUUUGGGUGUCAUAGCCUACUGCCAGUCCUGUUUAGCUCUGGCAUUAAGCCGCAGAAGCUUUCCCCCAAGAGAGGUAGUCGACUUUCCCUCCAGAGCUCGAGGCACACUGCUGAAAAGGAUGAAGGCCCUGUCUUGAGGAGGAGAGCAAAACUUUGCUUUAGACAGCAUUUUGUGAAGACUGCAGGCUGCUUGGAUCUUUUUUUACCCCUUUCUUAGCUUGCAUUUGACCAGCUGAAAGCCAAUUUGUUAAGUUGGACAUGUGGAUGCUGUUAACUUGGUUUUUGUGUCCAUUUUGGAAAACCAUCCAGUUGUGAAACUUGUAGCUCAAGGGACCAAGCACAGCCAUGGAGGGUCUUGAGCAGCUCGACAUGGUGGGUAACAUCAGCCCGGCUCUUGAAGCCACCGAGGACUUUAUCCACUGCAUAGACGGGAUACAAGGCCAAGGUCCGAGCCGAGCUCAAAUAGGGUCCCUCCAGCCUUCCAGGAAACCUAAGCAGCUGCAGGAGGUGUCCAGCGCGGCGCUGGGGAAGCUGAGCUCCAGUGGCGUGUGGGGCCUGCUUGCCAGAGAGCAGCCAGAGGUUGGGCCUCUAGGCCUGGCCUGGGCCGACAACUUCAGUGUGUUGGGGCUGGGGAUGGGCUUGAGGCACGGCAAGAGAAGCCGAGCGCGCUCCACCAACGACCUGGCAGCUCAUACCAAGGAAUGCACAAACAACACUUCCAACUCCGCAACCAACUCAGUCUUCAAGAAGGGACACAACCGGUCCCGGUCGGACGUCAACUACCGGCCGUCUGCAUACACAGACAACGGACUGCCCACUGUGGACUGCAACACUUUGAAGAACAUGAUCCUCAACAACCAGCCAGAGGCUGAUAAAAUCAGCAGUAGCAGUGUGGUGAAGCAGGGUGCAAUGGAGCAGCGUGAGGGGCCCCGGGGCCGCUGGACACCUUGCCAUGUCGAGCUGACACCCUGUGAGCUCCGGCUGUACACUCUGGACAGCAGCGCCAACCGCCAGCUGGGCACCGCCUACUCUCUGUCACACUGCCAGAGCAUCAUUUCUCCAGCACCCUGCAGCCAGCUUGGCCAGAUCACCCAGCCUGCCGAUCAACGCACGCUCCAGGCUUUGUUCUUCAACAGCACGCGUCUCCAGUUGAGGGCACCCAACCAAUGGGAGGCCAUGGAGUGGAGACGACUGAUGUGGGAGAAGGUGCAGGCAGUCAGACCUGGGAGGAAGGAGAACCACCAGUGUAAAACCGGAGUGGAAAAGCAACAGGUCGUCAAGUUUCCUGCACCCAUGUCACCGUCCUCGUCACCCUCUCCGUCAGGGCUUGACACCCGGCCUGAUGGGGACAGCUACACCCCCACCUCAGCAGAGGUGUCACUCUCUCUCCAGUCUAAUUCUUUCAUACUCAGCAGACCCACCACCCUGCCACUGUUUACCCAACGCUGUCAGGACAUCCUCAAGGCUAGUCUGCUCCACCAGCUGAAAGAUCAGAACAACUGGCGGGCCUUCAACUUCAUACUGACCAGAUCUGCUCUCCGCGCCUUCCCUACCGAGGGCCGUGGGUCUGUGUCCCAGCCCGUCCUUCAGUACUCCCUAGCCUCCUGCUUGGCCGUGCGGUACGAUCAGGAACCAGAGAACAGAGAGCGGUGGACAGAAAGAGGGGACUGCUUCCAGGUAGUUUUUCCCAAAGAGGUACUCAGACUUCGGGCUGAUGAUCAGCUCAAGGCCCAGGAAUGGGUGACGGCCCUGCGGGAUGCGGUUGGUGCACAGAGGCCUACCCAAGAAGAAGGGGGAAAGUUAGGAGAAGGAGCUUCAGCCCUCCAGGGAGUGCUGUUGAGAUCAAAACCACCCAGGGAGAGGAGACAGCGGGAGGCCCAGAGAGCCAAGCGGCAGUCUGUCACUACCAGUUUUCUCAGUAUCCUCACCUGUCUAGCUGUGGAGAAAGGACUGACGGCUCAGAGCUUCAGGUGUGCAGGUUGUCAGCGUCCAGUUGGUCUCUCCAAAGGAAAGGCAAAGGUCUGCUACUACAGCGGCUGGUACUACUGCCAGAGCUGCCAUCAGGACAAUUCCUUCCUCAUCCCAGCCCGCCUGCUGCACAACUGGGACACCAGCAAGCACAAGGUGUCUAAACAGGCCAAGGAGUUCCUGGAGUUUGUGUAUGAAGAGCCCCUGCUGGACGUCCAGCAGCUCAACCCUUGUCUGUAUGAGCACUGUGAGCCUCUUAGCACCGUGCUGCGCCUCCGUCAGCAGCUCCAGUCACUGCGAGCCUACCUGUUCAGCUGCCGAGCAACCGUUGCUGAGGACCUUAGAAGAAGGAUCUUCCCCAGGGAAUAUCUGCUACAGCAUAUUCACCAGUACUCCAUUGCUGACUUGCAGCAGGUGAUUGAUGGAAAACUGGCGCCCUUCCUGUCCAAGGUGAUCAAGUUUGCCAGCUCCCACGUGUUCAGCUGCAGUUUGUGUCGAGAGAAAGGCUUCAUCUGUGAGCUCUGCCACAACCGACAGGUCAUCUACCCCUUCCAGGAGAACGCCACCAAGAGGUGUGAUGGCUGUGGGGCUGUGUUCCACACCGAGUGUCGACAGAAAGCUCAGCCGUGUCCACGCUGCGUUCGCAGAGAGCUCCACCACAAGAGGCCGUCCUCCUUCUGGUCUCCGGACGACGAUAGCCCCGGAUGCUUUCAUCUGCCGUACCAAGACACCUGAGACACACACAAAACACACCACACCCACAAGACAGACAGACAGACACACAGUGAAGCAGUUAGGGCGCUGCCAUGACACUGGACAAAGUGCCUGUUUUUCUGAUUUGUGUGUCUAGAGGACAAAUUCUGUGACAGAGCUCAGGGUUUGUGUGUGUACCUGUGAAGACUAACCUGAGCUAAUGUCCCUUUGUCCUGCUGUUAAGAGCAGGGAGAAAACCAACUGAAAACGGCUGCACCAGGCUUUACAGACUGACAAACAUGUAUUUUGUAGUCAAACAGCACACGUCAUGGUCAUCCUCCACCAUCUUCAUCAAUUUUCCAUUUCACUACUUUCACUUAUUCCAAAUCACAACUAAUAAACUGGAGACAUUCAAAGUAAUAGUUG